UACGCUGCGCGCGGUUGCCAUGGUGAUGCGCGCCGCGGACGCCAGGGCCUUGUGUGAGUCGCUCCGGGCUGCGCGGCCACUGAGGUGCGGCGACCCGGGUCUGCGCCCGCGGGGGCGGUGAGCUCGCCUAUGGGCCUUUCCAAAAGCAAAGAGAAACCCCGGAAAGGGGAGGAGCCGCCCAGCUGUUCCGCUCCCGGGGCCGCGGAGCGGGCGAUGGAGAAGCCGGCCCCGGAACCCAGGCGGGCAGAGCGGGGGUCGGAGCGGCCUGCGGACGGCCCGCACCCGGGGCCCAGGACAGCGCGGCGCCCGCCGGAAGAGAAACCUGAUGUAAAGCAAAAGUCCACCAAGAAGAAAUUCGUCAUUCCGCACAUUAUCAUCACUCGGGCCUCGAAUGAGUCGCUAGUCAGCUACAGUUCCAGCGGAAGUGAAGAGCAGAGAACCAUCCGGGAACCUGAGGACUGGGGCCCCUACCGGCGACACAGGACCCCCAGUACAGCAGAUGCCUAUGAUUUACGUUUCAAAAAAUAAACGGACACCCUUGCAUAGCACCCGUUA